AUGGCCAAUAUACUUUGUGCGCGAGAUAUAAAUAAUUUUAAAAAUGAAAUAAUUUCGGGAAUUGAUGCAAAUGUAUUAGCUAGAAUUUUAAUGAACACCCCAUACAUAAAAGGGAAAUGGAUAUCAAAAGAAAUACUAGAAACAAAGACAUGCCUCCCAAUACCAAUAGAAAAUAUAACAUACAUAAGAAAUUCAAAAUGCUAUAAAGACAUCAGUAUAAACAUUACAAUAAAAGAUACGCAAAUAAAAGCAUUUCUUGAACCCACUACAUUAAUAAUAAAGGAAAACUCAACAGAAACACCCUGUUCUGAGACACAAAUCACCACAAUAUUUACUGAAAACAAACUUAUAAAAAUAAAUCAAAAAACAGGAAAAAGUAAAGAAAUUCCACAGGAGCACAUUCAUGAUCUAACCUUAAGUAGUCAGCAAGAUAUAAAUAACCCAGUAAUAGAAACCCAUGCAUUCCACAACUUGAUCAUAAAAAAUUACACCGACCCUAGAAUAGAGAUUCUACAAAUGCUCCAAACAUAUAGUAUCGACAGAAAAUUUGAGCAAGAAAAGAUACAAAAAGCCUUAAAUAAUAAAGAAUACAUACACAAUUCUGAAGAAACAAUAAAAAAUCCAAUAUUAGAUUUAUUCAAUUACAUUUGGACAAUAAACCUAGAAAAACUCUGGAUUAGAACAGUCGCCGCAUAUAUCACAUACAUAUGGCUAUUUGACAGCUUGUUGCCAUUCGCCCUUAAAUAUUUGAAAAAUACACGGAUAGGCAGACUAACCCACACGAUACUAUCAGCAGCAGGUAGACACACGGAAGACAAAAACAAAGAAGAGAUGAUGCUUGAAAUAGUGAAAAAAAUCAAACAAGAGGAAUUAGAAGACCAACGGCGAAAAGACGAGGUUACAAGACGCCGCGUCGCCGCGAGUGUCGUAUAA